AUGAAACCCCAAUUCACAUCAAAUUUAUCCCUUCUUUGCAUUUCAAUAUGUCUGCUGUCGACGAGUAUCCAGAAACUCUCAUGGUUCGCAAAUGCUUUGUCAUUACCACCAAAUACCAACAGUCGUCGUGACUUUGUCGUCUCCUCGACCACAACGAUAAGCGCUGUUAUACUAUCAUCGAAACCAUGGGUUGCCAAUGCCGAUAUGCCCAUGCCACUGCCCAAUACGGAACCACGCAAUGUGGAUGUCGGGGGAGGUUUUGACUUGUUGCGCAGCGACACUACCAAAAUGCCAUUGGACGUACUGUAUCCUCCUUCCAUGGAAGGAUUGUGGGUGUGCAGUCGGAUCCCCACCUCGGUCGAAGGCGAUUUGUUUCAAGCCCAAGAAGUCUGGAAGGCGUUGGGAGGAAUUGAAUCCUUGGUCUUGACCAGCAAAGGAACGAACAAGCCGGAAACCUAUCUGACGAGAUUUCUAAAAUCGACAGAAAUGCCGGAAGAUGGGGUAGUGAACGAUCGCGGCUUUGAGCUAGUCCAACGACGAAAACAAUCACGAGCCGAACUACUAUCAUCACCACAAGUUACAUGGACGGUCGACCAACCAAAUGUAUUAAAGUAUUCCAUCAACAAUAGCAAUGACAAAUUUACAACCUUGACUGUCAAGAGUCGGACUGUCGAAUUGCCUUCGGAACAGAAAGCUGGAUUUGGCUUUAACGAACUGAUCUGUAUCGAAGAAGAUCGAGGAGGAGGAGAGGGAGCAAGUAAAAUGGCUAGUCUUGUUGGUAGUAACAACAAGAUUCUUCGAGCGGCCCAAAUCAAGAGACGAUAUAAGAGAUCCUACGACGACCAGGGGAAUCGAGUGGUGGAAGGUCUGGAAAUCAUCAAGACCUAUCGGGUCUUGGAUGGGAUCGCGGGGAUUGAAUUUCCGACAUCGACAGUCAAGUCCCAAAUACGAUUGACAAGGCCGCCAUCUUCUCCUUCCUAA